AUGGCCCAAACCAAUACAAUCGACCGCUAUUUACCCAGACUCAAGCAGGACGAUGCCGGGGCGCGGACACAUGGCGUUAAGAGGACCAGGCAGGACGACGCCGGGGCGCGUAAUCAUAGCAUCAAGAAGAGUAAGCAGGACAGCGCAGAAGCAGGAAGACAUAUGGUUAAGACGACCAAGAAGAACAGGCGCCAUUUUCCUUUCCUCCGACUACCAGGAGAAGUCAGGAAGAAGAUAUACCGUCUAAUGGCUGGGGAAUUUUUCGAUGGCUAUUUCCACAAACUUAAUGAACAGCCAGCCAUCACGCGUGUGAGCAGGCAACUCCGCGCCGAAGCACUUCCAAUCUGCUUCGAGAAGCCAAUCAAGCUCGAGCUCCAGUCGUCAAAAGUCCCUGGAGACUGGGUCAAGUCCGUCAAAAAGGCCAUUGCUCUGUAUCGCGGUAAAUCUCGCUCGCGGGCUUCUGGCACGUUGCGCCACGUCACUGGUGUGCACUUGUCCUUCGAAGCGUCACCGCAAGCGUGGAGUCAGCGUCCGGGGCUUAUCAUCAGCGUAGACAUGCUGAGCAACCCGAAGGGAAUGAUGAGAAGGCAGCCUUGUGCCUUUAACGGGAUGACGCCUGUGAUGAUUGGGAAGCCUGGUAUGGACUGGACGAAUGCCUCGGCCGUUCGGGCUGCGUGCGACGAUGCGGCGGUCCAGCUUGAAAAGCAAGUGGCAAAAGUUCUUCCUAGCCGCGGGGCCGCGCAAUAUGAAGCAAUACAUCGCAUCGCAGCCGACCAGAGGGCGGCGCUGGAUGCCGUACGUGUUUUGGCAUCGGCAUGCCCUUGGAUGACCAAGGUUGCCUGCAUUGGCGACUUUUCGGAAUUCGUUCCCCGAUAUUGA